AUGCGACAUCAUUUCCAUGAGAUAUUUAUAGUUAUUAUAAUUGAAAGAACUUCUUCAAUUUAUUUGGGACUUUCACUUUCUCACACAGAAAAGCCACAACAUCCUGAGGAAACACAUGUAAAUGCACAAGUCCAUAUGCAUAAAGAAAGGAGCAGAACUGGUUCAAGAACAGUACAGGAUACUAAAGUAUCACAACCCCAAAGUCUUUCUGUAAGUUGUGAGAUUCCAGUCAAACGCUUUCUCUUGACUCGGGACCCAAAAGACAGAUCAGUUGGAGGUAAUGGUCUUGGUAUGAGAAUUGUGGGUGGGAAGGAAAUACCUCAUACAGGUGGUGAACUUGGUGCUUUUGUGUCCAGAAUUUAUCCUGGGGGAGUUGUGGAUUACCUAGGCACAAUUAAAGAAGGUGAUCAAAUACUUGAAUGGAAUGGUGUUCCAUUGACAGGCAAAACUUUUGAAGAAGUGCAAAGACUCAUUUCACAUACAGAGGGUGAGAUUGAAAUUGUGGUGAAAAGCAACAUUUGACUCAAGAUGUGAAUGGAAUGAAUUCUGGAAAAUGCUAAUUCUUGAUGACACUCCAGCCUUCACCUCGCAACUCAUCCAAAUUAUUCUUAGCCAGCAUUGCUGAAUUACCUGUAUCUUAUUACUUGAUAAAUUUAUCAUGAAUGUGAUGUAACACUUUUGAAUGUGGUUCACAGCCAUUUAGAUUCCCUUAUUGAAAUAUGACUGGUUUGUGAGAUAAAUUCAAUUAAUGUGUUCUUCCAGUGAUAAAAAGUAAUU